GCGCAGAGAUAAGGCGCAUGCGCGCUGCAACAUAUCCGCCGGAAACGGUUUAUGUAGCUAGGGAGUUUAUUGUUUAUAGUAAACUUAAACUUUGUAGCCCAACAGGCUGAUGGACGACUGGAUUUGUAGAAUUACUAUUAGCAAUUCAAGUUGUUUCAUCUACCUUUAAUAUGAGGAUUUGGGGGUGGAAAGGGGAAAUGAAGUCAUGUCUGCGCAGCAGUCAGAGGUGAAGCAAGUGUGUGAGAAGGAUCAGCUGGUUUAGGAAGAAUAACGCGUUGGCAGUGGUUUAUUACUAGAAGGUGUUGUUUUUCGGUUUAUGAAGACAUGAUGGAAGAUAGAGAAGCAGAUACUGUUAGGAAAAUGCCUGAUCUCGACUCGUGUGUAACUUGUACAACGAAGCUGAGCAGCAGCGCUGAACCCAAACUUCUCCCUUGUCUGCACCUGAUGUGUAAAGCGUGCACUGUGAACAAACACGCCAAAGAAUGCCCAGUGUGUCACCAGUCUUUCAAGCUGUCUGAAGUUACAGAUUGCUACAUUUUCGAGGACUCUGCCCCUAAGUGUGGGGGAUGUGAUGAUUCUGCCCUGAGUGGAUGGUGCAAGGAGUGUGAUGAAGCUCUGUGUCCAGAUUGUGUGUCGGCUCAUCAGCGCGUGAAGAUGACGCGCAACCAUACAGUCGUACCACAGGAACCCCAGUCAGGUUUAAGUACAAGUAUGCGCUGUGCUUUACACAUACAGGAGCGUCUUAAGUUCUUCUGUGUCACCUGUGAUCGGCUAACCUGUAGAGACUGUCAGCUGAUUGACCACAGAAACCACAGUUUCCUUUUACUGGAGGAAGCUGUGGUUUCUCAGAAAGACCAGCUCAUUAAGCUGGUAAACAGCAUCAGUGAGCAGACAAACAGUGUGAGGGCCAGGCUUCAUGAUCUGGAUGCAAGAUUGAAUGAGCUAAAGGAAUUAAAAGCAUCUUCUAAGAAGCAACUGCAUAAUGCACUGCGCUCCCUGUACGUCUCUCUGAUGUUACGAGGACGUCAGCUGUCUAAGGAAUUAGAGAGUUUGUGUGAUGAGGAGGAGAAGAGCUUGACAGUGAUGAAGACCAGCCUUAAAAAACUGGAAGACAGGGAAGAGUAUAUCGCUGCCUUUGCUCGUAAAAUACUGAGCACUGAAGGGUAUUGUGUCCUGCAGCACAAGAUGCAAAUUGAGAAAUGGGCACAAAAGAUCCAGGCACAGAAGAAAGUUCUUCCUCACACUGUGAUUCAGUUUUCCCUCUCAUUCAAUGAAAACAUCCACCAUAGUAUUAAAAACCUUGGCUCUUUUAAGGUGACCCGAGUUCCAUGUUCUAUGAAAAGACAAUAUAAUAUUGGCAAUAAACCUAAAAAUAUUCCAGACAAACGCUCCUCAGGUCUGAAUUCAGACUCUGGUGCAACUCGAUUAGCGCCUGAUGGUAAAUCCUUUCAGCCUACGCUCAAUUUGACGUCCCAGGAUGCUUCUGAUUUUCCUCAAAAUCGGCAGUAUGAGUCCUCCUCUUCAAAACCAGUGCAACUCACUCAAGGCUUAACAGACACUAUGAGCCAUAUUAGUUCCUCCUCUAGCUCUCACAACUUUGCUUCUCCUAAGACCACUUGGAGCAGCACAGUUCAGUGUCCAGUUGUUCAGGUGGGCCAGCAUUUGCCUCACCCUGUCUCACAUCAACCUUCAAAGCCACAGGAGUUCUCCAGAAGUCAGCCUUUACCUUUUCAGUCUCCAUAUCUCCCUCAGUCUAGCUCUUCUCUUUCUAGCCAUACAUCUUUAAAUAUAAGUCCCUCACAUCUUCCCCAACAUCUUCCUCAGGUUGUGCCACCACAGUCUCAAUCUGGUGUUGCUGCAGCAUCUCCUCGUGGACCUACCAGUAAUUCUUACUCACUCAACAGUAAUCGAUCUGUUUCUACUCUUUGUUCCUUAGCUGCCUUAUGUCAGUCAAGUCAGGCCAUGCCUUACCCUCACCCAUCUAUUCAGAAAUUUUCAUCUAACCACACACAGAAAAGCGUUCCUCAAUCUCAGGCAGUUAAUAGUCAGUCUUUUCCAUCUCAAUUAGUUCACAAUAAAAAGUCCCUGCCUUACUCUCAGGCUGUCUCAAACACUCAGUCUGUCAAUCUGCAGCCUUCUCAGUCUGUCGGCACUCCGUCCAAUCGGGUACAGCUCAUUUUACCUAACAUCCCAAAGAAUAUGCCUGCUUUUAAAUCUGACACAGUUUGGAAAUUCUACCAUUACACUCCUCUCUUGAACCUAAAUAAGGGUGUUACAAUGGCCUGUGUACCACAGCCUGCAAAGAUGGGAGAUGUUGACUCAUCAAAAAAAGUGUCUUGCCCCCAGGCACCCAGGCCCACCAUUCUACCAGUCGGCAGUAAUAUAGAAUUGAACCCCCCAUUGUCUAGCACGCUUUCACUCCCUGCUGCUCCUAUUUCCAGUGUGUCUAGUAACACCGGUCAAACAGAGUGUGCCACUCAGAUGAUCCAGUUGCCAAUAAGUGAGCCCCCAGUAAAGGCUCCAGCUGAUUCUGUUUGUGAGCGAGAUACGAAUGUUUGCAGCAGUGCUUCUCCAGUUGCUGAGGAGAAAGAGGAAGACAGUAACCUGCCUACUUCCACCAUGCCAGAAAAAGACACAAAAGCUGAAGAACUCUCAGAAGUGCAUCAGCCAGGGGAUCUUCUAUCUACUACCUCAAUCAAGGACUGUUUUUCUAACCAGAACUACCUCGAGGAGUCUGAAUCAUCAAGGAAAUGCAAUUUGACUCUGUCCUCCACAGAAGACCCCUCAAGUAAGAGUUGGCUCGUAGGCCUGCCAUCGUCCUUCAGAGAAAUUCUUUGCAAUGAAAAGGAAGUGGAACAUGCCUCUCUCCCUAAUGCGAUGAGCCCUAAGGAGAUGGAUCAGGACGAUGAUGAGAAGACUGAUGAUAGUGAUUCUGAAUUGGUGGAAGGGAUGGAUGAAUCAAAAAAGGAGCCCAAAUUAAAACAGGACAGCCAUAAGACUCUGCGUGUAUCUCUGCUCCGGUUACCCAUCUCAGGAUCUUCCACAUCUCCGUUUCGAAUCGUUCCCAGUAGCCGAAAGACUGAAAUUUUGCUACAAGAGAUUGAAGAAAAUCAGAGAUGUUUCAGGAUCACUGCACCCUCACCCUCCCAGUCCUGCAGUUCUGAGUGUUCCCCGCAGGCUGAUGUACUGGACUGUGCUGUGUGCCUCUCUGCUGGAGCCUCACUGCAGUGUGCAAAAUGUACUAGAAGCUUUCAUACCAGCUGCCAUGUGCCACCAAUCAUUUUCAGUCCUGUUGCAACAUGGGUAUGCUCCCUGUGCCAGGAUUUUAUGGAUGAUACUGAUCCAUUCAGUUCCAACAGACUGAAGGUGCCAUACCUAAGUCUAUCAGACCAGAGGAGGUGUGAACAACUUUUGCUUACUCUGAUGUGUGAGAAUCACAGCUAUAUGCUCUACAAAACUUCAAAGCAUACUGCAGGAUGUGUGGGAUUUAACUUGAUUGUUGGACGGCUGUUGGGGAAACGAAGCCCUCCGUACCGCUCUGCAGCUGAAUUGGUGUCCGACCUCUGGGCUCUUCUGGACAACUUGUCCUCAAAAUCAAAGAAGAAAGACCUGGUUGUCAAGCUCCAAAGCUCAUUCCAGUGUCGACUCAAUGUGUUAUUUGGGGAAAGACUCCAUGCUUCACUCCUGAGACCUCUGAGUGGCACAGACCAGACGGUGGCACCAAAGACCAAGUCUGAACAAGAAAAGGCCAAAAGAACUCUUAAGAGGAUGAAAGAGUAUUUAGCUGCAAACUCUCCUAUAGUGGCAAAGAAAGCCAACACUGAGAACACUUAAAAGACAUGCAGCAUUGUUUUUGCACGGUGAAGUAGAUUAGUUGUUUACAAAGACAUCUGUACAUUUUUGUAUUUUCUGUUUUUCAAAUGUAUUUGUUCUGUAACUCAUGCAAUAAUUGUGCUUUAUUUUUUAUACAAUGGCCUUAUUGCCAUGUGUGAACAUUUGAGUUCUACAUUUUCUUUUCCUUGCUGGAGACAAACUUGUUUUUAUGUGAGCAGAGAUUCGAAGCAGUAUCUGACAUUUAAUGUGGGCCAUGAAUGCUGGUAUAUUUAUCCUUUUUUUUUUGGUCAGGGGUAAUAAAAAUAUAACACAAAAUAAAACAUUUCCUGCCAA